ACUGCCCUCCCCCUCCUCUCAUCACCACCAAGAUUCCUCGGAUGAGAAUUCCUCCUGGUUUGAUUUCGUCACUACUAGCCAACGAUCGCCUUGUUCGAGGCUUCAUCCUCGCAGUUGCCCCCCAUGGAGGACAGGGCCCAAUUCGAUAUCAAUGAGUCGCUCAAGUAUUACUUGAGUGACCCUGCCUCUGUCCCGACCCCCGAAGCCGACCCAGAGCUACUGGACUGUGAAACUGAUCCCGAUCAAAUAUCGGCCUCGCUGGUUGAUAAUGUGUUAAAUCCCAUCGUUGAUGGGGUCGCGGAGAGCCCCGAAGGACUGGCGCGGCCGGCCUUCUUUGACUCGAUGCAAUUUUUACUCAAAUACUCUUCCUUUCUUCCGACGAAAUCCCUAAGCAAGCUUCUCGACCUGAUCGUCUCGGGGCUGUCAGUCGAAGCAGAUACCAUUCACACCGAUCUCGAGUCCGAUGAACAAGAUGUCAUUCAGCAACACAAGCAGCUGCUCGAAAUGUAUGGGUUCCUUCUGCAGUGGGCCCUUUCAGCAGUCGAAGUCAAAGCAGCAGAGAAACCCGCCGAGGCAGCCCCCGCUCGGCGCGGGGCCGGAAAAUCCAGGUCGAAGAUGGCCAAGGAUGGUCAUUGGGACUGGACAACCCAGAUCCAGAUAUCCAUGGAGACGAUGUGCAAGGUAAUGAAGCUCAAACUAGGCAAGAUAUUCAUGACUACGUCAGACCGCGACACCUUCAUCAACCUAUUCACCCGCUCCGUUUAUCUCAUCCUCGAAAGCGAGCAGCGCGUGAAGAACAUGACCAUCCGAAUGCAUGCUUUCAAGGUCUUGUGUAUUGCGGUCAAACAUCAUGGCCAUGCUUUUGGAGCCCAGACGUCAAUUGUGCAAAGUUUGACAUACUUCGAGCAUCUUUCCGAACCAAUGGCCGAGUUUUUACACAUCCUUGCGGAGCAAUAUGAUUACCCCCAGCUUUCAGAUGAGAUUCUCAAGGAACUCGGGAACAAAGAAUUCAAUUCAAACGAUACGCGCGGUCCAAAGUCGGUGUCUGCAUUUAUCGUGAAGCUCUCUGAGCUUGCCCCACGCCUCAUUAUCAAACAAAUGACUCUGCUCGCAAAGCAGCUUGACAGCGAGUCAUACACGCUCCGUUGCGCAGUCGUCGAGGUGUGCGGAAAUCUGAUCUUUGACCUCAGCCGGCAAGAAGAGCGAAGUGACAACUACAAGACGCAAAUUAAUGCCUUUUUCGACGUCCUCGAGGAACGCUUCCUGGAUAUCAACCCUUACUGCCGGUGCCGAGCAAUCCAAGUGUAUAUGAAGGUUUGCGAUCUUGAACAGAAGUUCCCAAAGAGGCGACAGGCUGUUUCAGAGCUGGCGGCAAGAAGUUUGGAGGACAAGAGCAGCAAUGUACGACGUAACGCCAUCAAGCUACUCUCAAAGCUGGUCUCUACCCAUCCGUUCAGCAUUAUGCAUGGUGGGCAACUUUCACUCAGCGAGUGGUCAGGCAGACUGGAUGCCGUUGAUGCCGAACUCAAUGCCCUGAGACCGCCGGAAACACCCGGAUUUGAUGGCGAAGCGACGCAUGUUGACAGCGAAUUAUUGGAUGACGCCACCCAACUGCCUGACGACUCACCAUCCAAAGCACCGCGCAUGACAGACGAGGAGAAGGUGGCUGCAGUGAAAAAGGCUGCUGAACAAGCAGCGACUUCCGAAUUGCUUGGACGGCUACAGUUGACCAGAAAAUAUUAUAACGAGGCCAUCCGAUUCGUUGAGGUGCUCCAUUCCGCUUCUACCGUGGUCUCCCAGCUCUUAUCAUCGAGAAACAAGAGCGAAGCCAUUGAAGCUAUGGACUUUUUUGUGGUUCUUGACGCUUACAAGGUUGAAACCUCCCGGAGUGGCAUUCGCCGUAUGCUCCGACUCAUCUGGACGAAAGGCAAUAGCGAUGAAGGCAAAGGGGUUCAGACUCACCUUAUCGACUGCUACAAGGGACUUUUCUUUGAAGCGCCAACUUCCUUCACCCCCAACGAUGCUGCAAUCUACAUUGCUCGAAACAUGAUCAGUCUGACUUUUGGCUCCACGCCGGCCGAGCUUACUUGCUUGGAACAAUUGAUCAGUACAAUGAUGAAAGCUGGUAAUAUUCCAGAGUCUGUUGUCUCCAAAUUAUGGCAAGUGUAUGGUGUCCAGAAGAAGGAAAUUUCAAAGACUCAGCGCCGCGGUGCUAUAAUCGUUCUUGGAAUGCUCGCUUUGGCCGAUCCGGAAGUAGUCAUCAAAGAGAUCGAAACGAUACUACGGAUCGGGCUCGGUAACCUAGGAAGGACCGAUCUCGUUCUCGCCAGAUACUCGUGCGUUGCUCUACGAAGGAUGGUACCAGGCCGCCAGGCCAAAAAUAAGGACACGGGCAUACCUAAGCUUGCGAACGACCACCCGAUCUUGACCAAACUCGCGGACAUGGUUGAGGCCAUUUCGGAUAGCAAAGAGUGGUAUGGGGUUGCAGAGCAAGCUAUUGGGGCAAUUUACGCGCUCUCCAAGCAUCCGGAUGUUCUCUGCUCUGAUAUUCUCAAGCGCAAGACCAAGUUUGUCUUCCAGCCACAAAUACAGCGCUCACCUUCAAAUGCGGACGAAGGAGAGGAACAGCGGCCCGGAACUGCGUCAAGCGACGGCGAAGGCUCCAAACUCAAAACCUCCUCCGCUGCAUUGUCACAGCUGCUGUUUGUCGUUGGCCAUAUUGCCAUCAAACAGAUCGUGCACUUGGAGUUGUGUGAACUUGAUUUCAAACGCCGCAAAGCAGAGCAGGAGAAGAAUAAGGUAUCCACAUCGGCUCAAGACAACGACGCUGAGAAGGAUGAAUUGGACCUUAUUGGCGGGACAACUGAGGACGAUUUCACAGACGCCAUGGCGCAUAUCCGGGAACGAGAACUGCUCUAUGGAGAAAACUCGCUUUUGUCGAAUUUCGGCCCUCUUGUCGCCGAAAUCUGCGCCAACAGCAAUAUAUACUGUGACCGGAAUCUCCAGGCAUCAGCGACCUUGUGCCUGGCAAAGUUGAUGUGUGUCUCAGCAGAAUACUGCGAGAAGAACUUGCCCUUGUUGAUCACAAUCAUGGAGCGAUCUGAAGAUCCCACCGUCCGCAGCAAUGCAGUGAUCGCCCUAGGCGACAUGGCUGUGUGCUUCAACCAUCUGAUCGACGAGAACACAGACUUCUUGUAUCGUCGACUCAACGAUGAUGAUGCGUCUGUCAAGCGCACAUGUCUUAUGACCCUUACCUUCCUCAUCCUUGCCGGUCAGGUCAAGGUCAAGGGACAGCUGGGCGAGAUGGCCAAGUGCCUGGAAGACGACGACAAGCGGAUUGCCGACUUGGCUCGCAUGUUCUUCACUGAAUUGGCGAGCAAGGACAACGCCGUGUAUAACCAUUUCGUCGACAUGUUCAGUCUCUUAAGUGCCGAGCGAAACCUGGAGGAGGCUUCACUUAGACGCAUUGUCAAGUUCCUCAUUGGAUUCGUUGAAAAGGAGAAACACGCUCGGCAAUUAGCCGACAAGCUCGCUGCCCGACUUCCCCGGUGUGAAACAGAGCGCCAAUGGAACGACGUGGCAUACGCACUGUCUCUGCUCCCGCAUAAGAACGAAGAUAUCACAAAGACAGUGACGGCAGGCUUCAACAAAGUUGUCUCAGCGAACGCUUAGGCUGAAUGUUACAUGCUGUCUUUGCUGGUUAAGUUUUUGAGGGGUCUGGUCGGAAUGGUUUGCUUUAUUCAGAUAUAGGGGCGCAAGAUUUGUCAUUGGUGAUGGUGUUAUUAUGACUUUACAGCGUUGGAUCAACGUGCUUCAUGAAUUUAUGUUCCUUUCUAUGUAUUUACUUCUUAAGAUAAUCCUCAGUGAAUACUUUCUUG